GUACUGCAUAAGUCGUUAGAGAAGCUAAAUACGAAUAGGUGAUUAGAGUUAAGUCGUCAUUAAGAUGAAGGUAAUCAUAGCCAGCUUUGCUAAAUGUGGAACAAAAACACUGCGCGAUUGUUUGAGAAUAUUGGGGUAUACAGUGUAUGACUUCGAUGAAAAUUGUAUGUACUUUGGAGAUCAAUGGAUGGAGAUAUUCGAAAAAGGAGCUUCAGUUGAGAUGUUCAAGAAGAUGUACAAAGAUGUAGAUGCUAUAAGCGAUUUCCCGGCUUGUGUUUACUGGCAAACCUUACACGAAGCUUUUCCUAAUGCAAAAAUAAUUCUCACCACGAGGAAAAGUGAAGAUGUCUGGUUGAAAAGCUGGAAUGAACAGGCUUCUUCAAUAAACGAUUCCAAAAUCUUUCAGGCACAAUGUGCCCUCACUCCCACUGGAAGGAAAUUUGCUCGUUUUAAUAAGGAAAAUUUCACAGCGAUUUUUGAAUGCCCACCAAAAACUUCUAAUAUCAUGUUACGAGAUGAGAAUGUAUUGAGGAAAAGAUACAGGAAGCAUAAUUUAUCUGUCCGACAGAAAGCACCGAAAGACAAACUCCUUGAGUUCAAAUUAUCUGAUGGCUGGGACCGUUAUGCGAUUUUCUCGGAAAAGAUGUCCCUGAUGUCUCAUUUCCACAUUCUAAUAAAGGAUCUCCGAUUCGCAGCAGUCACGUCGCUCCUUUGCUCUUUCGAUCCUUAGACCGAGAAAUGUUUUUAGUAUUAUCGUUUUCAACUGUUAUUAUCGCCAUCCUUCUUUAUACCAUUCCAAAAUUGUAAUAGCAUGGCUGAACAGUUGUAAAGGACGUGACAAUGGUGUGUAUAAUGAGAAAACACAAUUUUCUGGUUCGAUCAAUAUUCAACUGUAGGUGUCGAUUAGAAAAUUAAAUUUAAACGUAAUUACCCUUACAUUUUGCUUUAUAGAUCAAAAUUAUUUUCAUUUUGGAGUUCGCAGAAGUCAAUAAAAAUAAAUGACAAAUAGUGGGUAUACUCAGAGCUAUGUAUAUACAAAGCAAGAGAGCGAUGCUCAAAUAUAUGGAAACGACAUCUGACUUUCGCGUAGACUGCAGGGGUCACCAAACUUUUUGGAUCGCGGGCCGGGUAUGACUCAAACUGUAUUGAAACGGGCCGGAUGAAUAUUUUUGUCAAUGCAAUACAAUAAAUUUACAAAAGUUGGGAAAUCCA